AUGAGCGACACAUGCCGGGGACGACGGGUCGGUCCCAAAUAUCAAGCCGACAAGCAGAACCUCAGCCAGCAUGGUAUCGACAUCGUGGCUGACGGCGUCGAAACUGCUUGCUUGCUUGACACCUGUACCACGUACAAGUCUCAGUGGUUGUUGGACAAGCCUCCUGGGCCUAUCUACGAAAACACUCCUGAGCUCCUCCAGCCCAUGCUAAAGGCCCAACUAACCGUCCAGCACACUACGUUCGUCGUGUCUCUCCGUGAGACACUUGGCUCCGCCUCCGGCAGAGCCCGAAUUGAUGAAGAUAUUGAUGCCAUCUCUCAAUCUAUUGGGUUGGAAAUCAUGGAGUCUUCCCCGGGACGUGACCUCCGACUCGGAUGGCCCGCCGAUGCUACUGUCCGGUCUGUUCCUGCUCUGUUUGGGCGUAAUCUGCGCCUCUUGCCGGUGGCUAUAGAGUCACCCACGAGAAAGAACAGGAGUUGGUCACCCGUCUUAGAACCUUCCGAUUCUGGGGUGACGGUGGUCAAGUUUCCGGCACCGAGGCAGUGCUGA